AUGUCAACUUCAUCGAUUUCCCCAAAAGUCCAGUUAGCGGUUAUUGUGCUAUUGUCUAUUCUACUCAUAUGGACUUAUAAAUCAUGUUCGCCAUUGCCUGUUUCACAAUCAACUGUUCCGGCUUUAGUGAAUUCACUACUAAACAUUUCAUUGAACGAUACGAACUGUCAACUAUCACUCGUAGAAAGUGAUGGAUAUUUUUGCGAAUUGGAUUCAGCCUGGAUCGAACGUAAACACGUCUAUUCUUCUCAGGAUAAAGAGAAUAUGAAGAAACGUCCAGAUACAAUUUAUUUUGUAUCAACUUGGGAGCCGAAUUUUCAUUGUUCACAUGCUCGACGAAUGGGCAUUAUGGGCGACGGUGGAAAAUGGGUUUGCGAUGUCUAUCGAUUGAGAUCACGUGAUGAUUGUUUAAUUUAUAGUGCUGGAUCGAGCGGUGAUUUUGCAUUUGAAAUUGAGAUGAAAAAAUUCGUGCCCAAUUGUGAAAUUCACACCUUCGAUAAAAAUCUGUAUGUAUGUCCGACAAACGUAUGCACUUUUCAUCAGGUCAUAUUUGGCGAUGGAAUUCAGCCGGAUGGUUCGAAGAGUUGGACGAGUAUCAUUCAAGAGUUGAAGCAUACUAAUCGAUUUAUCGAAAUUCUUAAAAUUGAUAUUGAAGGUGGCGAAUAUGCAUUCUUUCCUAUUCUCUUGAAUUCGAACAAGAAUUUACUUCCACGACAAAUUCUUAUUGAAGUUCAUCCGACUAAUGUUACCCUUGUUCAUGCUUUCUUCGAACGCUUGCGCAGCAAUAACUACGUUAUCUUCAGCAAAGAAAACAAUCUUUACGCAGGCCCUUAUUUUUUUGAGUUUGCUUUUUUGAAAUUAAAUCCAAGUUUUUUCAAUCAAUCUCAUAAUAAUAAUACUCACAAAUAA